AAGCAGACCCGCAGAAAAAAAUGGCACCUGCCAGUCAGUCAGUCGCGGUGGCCGUCGUUGUUGCUCAACUGUUAUUGUUUUCCCAAUGCCGCUCGGCCUGGGCCGAGUACUUUUCUUCGCUAUUGUCCUUUAAUAGCAAUAACCAUCUGCAGAAGCAAGGCUGUGUUAUGCAGUCUGAAUUUGGAAAAUCUGAAGACUUCGUGGAGUGCGAGUCUUCAUUUUUGAAUCCUGAAGAUACAGACUGUAUCCCUAGUGGGUCUCCACCAUGUGAGCCAGUGCUGGCCCUCGAUACAGAGAAAAUUCUGAGUCAAGCUAAAGUAUUAACUGAACAGAAGAGAUUCCCUUUUUCGAGUAUUGAUGAGAAUACAAAUGAGGAAUUGGCAUUUGGCUAUGCCUUAAUUGGAAACAACUUAUAUGAUGAAGCAAUUAAACACUUUUCAGUGCUGCUACAGGGAAACCCGGAACUAGUAGGUGCUAUCUAUGGAAGGGGAAUAGCAUAUGGAAAGAAGGGUCUACAGGAUAUCAAAAAUGCUGAGCUUGCACUCUUUGAGCUGAACAGAGUUAUAACCUUAGAACCGAAUGCACCUGAGGUAUUUGAGCAGAGAGCAGAGAUUCUGUCUCCCCUGGGUCGAAUUAGUGAAGCUUUGAAUGAUCUCAGCAGAGCCAUUCAGCUGCGCCCAUCAGCACGUCUGUACAGACAUAGAGGCACCCUGUACUUCAUAUCCGAGGAUUAUGCAGCAGCACACGAAGACUUUCAGUUAUCCUUGGAAAUGAAGAAAUAUCAACCAAUAGCAAUGCUGUACAAAGGUUUAACCUUCUAUCACAGAGGUAUGCUGAAGGAGGCAAUUGAUACAUUUAAAGAUGCCAUUAAACUCAAAACAGAUUUUACAGAUGCUUAUAGAAGUCUAGGCCAAGCAUACAGAGAGUUGGGUGACUUUGAAGCAGCUAUGGAAAGUUUCCAAAAGGCCUUAAUAUUGAAUCAGAACCACAUUCAAUCCCUUCAACUGAGAGGAAUGAUGCUUUAUCAUCACGGCAGUCUCCAGGAUGCCUUGAAAGACUUUAAGGGGUGCCUGCAGUUGGAACCAUACAAUGAGGUUUGCCAGUACAUGAGAGGCCUGGGCCACGUUGCUAUGGGCCAGUUUUAUGAAGGAAUUAAAGCUCAGACUAAAGUGAUGUUAAAUGACCCACUUCCAGGUCAGAAAGCGAGUCCGGAGUUUCUCAAAGUGAAAUACCUCAGAGCAAUGGAACUGAGGGCUGGGAGAUUAGCCAACGGCUACACCUUCAUUGAGAAAAUGGUGAAAGGAGAAACCCAGCAACUAUUAUAUCCUCUCUUCCUCAGGGGUCAAAUAAUUAACAUGCGGUACUUGGCAUAUUUCGACAAAAUACUGAACUUCAUAAAAGACAGAAUUCUUGUUUAUCAUGGUACUAAUAAUCCCAAAGGCCUUUCUGAAGUGAGAGAUGCCCUGGAGAAAGUGAAAAAAAUCGAGGACCUCCUUCCAAUUAUGAAAUUCAACAGCAAAACCCGGGAUGGGUUCACAGUAAACACAAAGGUGCCCAGUUUAAAACAUCAAGGAAAAGAAUAUGAUGGAUUUACCAUCACCAUAACAGGUGACAGAGUUGGCAACAUGCUGUUUUCUGUGGAAACCCAAACAACAGAGGAACGGACUCGGCAAUAUCAUGAUGAAAUAGAAGCACUAUACAAAGACCUGAGCAGUAAAGGGAAGGCAUUGAUACUUUCCACUGAGCUUGGGGAAACAGAUGCUGUGUGCAACCUUAUCCUUUCUUUGGUGUAUUACUUUUACAAUCUAAUGCCUCUGUCAAGAGGAUCCAGUGUAGUGGCAUAUUCAGUGAUCAUGGGAGCAUUAAUGGCUAGUGGGAAAGAGAUCACAGGGAGAAUCCCCAAAGGAAAGUUAGUAGAUUUUGAAGCUAUGACAACACCAAGUCCAGAGGCUUUCAGUAAAAUAGGAAAAAACUGGAUGAAUUUGAAAAGGCUUAAAGUCCUUGCAGCUCGUCUGGAGGAGAGCGAGGGCUGCAGUGUGGACGAUCAGACUGACCGUGAUAUCUUGUUACAGUAA